ACCGCUGCUAUGCAUCAGACGAACAGUUCCGCUAGAAAGGCGUGCGAAUGCAGUCAUAGAUGGUGGCGUUUUUGCUACUAUUCAUGUCGCAUCAAAACUGUCUCCCUCUAGCUCAAAAUGGGUUAGGAGGACGGUGUCUGGACUAGGCAAUUCACUUUCAACACUUCGAGGAUGGGGAACUGGAAUUUCUGUUUUCGCAAAAAACGCACUGACAAAGACGGAGAUAGAGAAUAGAGAUCGAGUUUGAUUUUCUCUACUGUUCUUUUCUUAGAGUUUUUAUUUCCUUGCUUUCUGUUUUUGAGAAAUGAUUGCAGAAUUGGUUUGCAGCGCUGUGGCUUUGGUCCUCUACAUCAACACCUUGGGUGCCGAUUUCUGCUACGAUGACAGCCGCGCAAUCAAAACCAACCAGGACCUUCUCCCCGACACCCCGUGGAUCAACAUCUUCUACGACGACUUCUGGGGCACCCUGCUCACCCACAGCGGCAGCCACAAGUCCUACCGCCCGCUCUGCACCCUCUCCUUCCGCCUCAACCAUGCCCUUGGGGGGCUGGAGCCCUGGGGAUACCACCUGGUCAACGUGGGUCUGCACGGGGCCGUGACGGCGCUCUUCACCCGGCUGGCCUGCCUGCUCCUGGGGGAGGGCCCGUGGAGCCUGCUGGCCGGGCUCCUGUUCGCCUCCCACCCCAUCCACACAGAGGCCGUGGCCGGGAUCGUGGGCCGGGCAGACAUUGGAGCCGCCCUCUUCUUCCUGCUGUCCCUGCUGUGCUACGUGCGUCACUGCUGCCGGCGAAGCGGGAGCCACGUUGGGAGUAGCGUGGAGGGGCUGUCCUUGGGCAGACCGGGGGGGGUCUGGCUCCUGGGCUGCCUGGGCUGUGCUGCCUGCAGCAUGCUGUGGAAGGAGCAGGGGGUGACGGUGCUGGCCGUGGCCGCCCUCUACGACGUCUGCGUCUUCCACAGGCUCAAGCUGCGCCAGGUCGUCGCGCUCCUCCACCACAAGAGGAGAAACGUCCACCUGCUGCUGAGCGUGUUGCUGUUGGCCGUCUGCGGGGCCGUCCUGCUGGCCUGCAGGCUGUACUGGAUGGGCAACAAACCUCCCAACUUCUCCAACUCGGACAACCCUGCGGCCGACUCCCCUUCCCUGCUCACACGGACCCUCACCUUCCUCUAUCUGCCCGCAGUCAAUCUCUGGCUCCUCCUCUGCCCCAACACCCUGAGCUUCGAUUGGUCCAUGGACGCCGUGCCUCUGAUCAGGGGCUUUGGCGAUUGGAGGAACCUUCACAGUGUGGCCUUCUAUGUGUGCUUGGUCCUCCUGGCGUGGACGGGUCUGCGCACUCGCCAGGCCAAGAGCAAGGAGACCAACGGCAAAGCUCACUGCGUCACUAACGGCAAGUCCGCCACUAACGGACACGGCUACCACCCCCCUGAGCAGGAACACACAAACUCUCACGCUGAACCUCACUCCUGCGCACAGAACGGCACCAAAAAGCACCACGCGGCGUCCAGGAUGCCCCUCCCCACCACGGAGAACGUGGUGGUGUUCUCCUUGGGCCUGCUGGCCAUCCCCUUCCUCCCGGCCACCAACCUGUUCUUCUACGUGGGCUUCGUGGUGGCAGAGAGGGUGCUGUACAUCCCCAGCAUGGGCUUCUGCCUGCUGGUGUCACUGGGGCUGCGGGCCCUGGGCGUGCGUGCCAGGAGGAGGUCGGCGAGGACCCUGCUGCUCUGCUGCAGCGCUGCUCUGGUGCUGCUGCUGGGCCUCAAGACCGUCCUGAGGAACGGCGACUGGCACGACGAGGAGAUGCUGUACAAGUCAGGGAUUUACGUGAACCCGGCCAAAGCGUGGGGUAACCUUGGAAACGUCCUGAAGAACCAGGGCAAGAUGGAGGAGGCCGAGCAGGCCUACCGGAGCGCCCUGUACUACCGCAGGAACAUGGCCGACAUGCUGUAUAACCUCGGUUUGCUGCUUCAAGAGAACAACAAGUUCUCUGAGGCGCUGCACUACUAUAAGCUGGCCAUUGGAAGCCGUCCAACUCUGGCUUCGGCCUACCUAAACACAGGCAUCAUCCAGAUGAACCAGGGCCGUCUAGACGAGGCAAAGAAAACCUUCCUGACCUGCGCCGACAUCCCCGAUGAGAACCUGAAGGACCCCCACGCCCACAAGAGCUCCGUCACCAGCUGCCUGUACAACCUGGGCAAGCUGCUGCACGAGCAGGGCCACCAGGAGGAAGCCCUUUCGGUGUAUAAAGAAGCGAUACAGAAAAUGCCGAGACAGUUUGCGCCUCAAAGCCUCUACAACAUGAUGGGAGAGGCCUACAUGAGGCUGAACAAGUUGUCUGAAGCAGAGCACUGGUACAGGGAGUCUCUGAGAUCCAAACCAGACCACAUUCCAGCUCACCUCACCUACGGCAAGCUACUAGCCGUCACGGGCCAGAAGACUGAAGCAGAGAGGUACUUUCUGAAGGCAAUUCAACUGGACCCAAUGAAAGGCAAUUGCUACAUGCAUUACGGUCAGUUUUUACUGGAAGAGUCCCGCCUGCUGGAAGCGGCGGAGAUGGCGGAGAAGGCAGCACGCCUGGACAGCGGGGAGUUUGACGUCGUCUUCAGCGCAGCGCACAUGCUGAGACAGGCCAGUCUGAACGAGGCAGCUGAGAAGUAUUACGGACGAGCGGCGAGCCUGAGACCCAAUUAUCCUGCAGCCUUGAUGAACCUGGGAGCGAUCCUCCACCUCAACGGUAAACUACAGGAGGCAGAGGCCAACUACCUCCGAGCCCUGCAGCUGAAGCCGGACGACACCAUCACCCAGUCCAACCUGCGCAAGUUAUGGAACAUCAUGGAGAAACAGGGCUUGAGGACCAUGGGGCCAUGAGGCGGCUGUGAACUCGGCAGCCAGCCCACCAUCUGUGCACCAACCCUGGGGAAGGACACAGCCCCAUCCCCCUACUCAUCACUGUGGAGAGAUGGAGGGAGGAAAUAAGGAGAGAGGGGGACAGCAUAGGCUAUGACUGGCAUACUCACACGCCCCAGCUCUCCGCAGGCCAGAAGGGACUCUCUGAGGGGCUGGUCCUUGUGAAGCAUGCAACACUUGGAUGCCUUUCUAGAAACCCCCUUCACAGGACCUGUGAUUCUUUAUCGGAACACUUAACUUGAAGAGGGCCAUAGAUACAUACUUGAAAUCUAGUUAUUUUAUAAUUGUUUCGUCCUUUUGAUGAAUAAAUAGGUCCUUUAGGGCCAAAUCUGUCCAGGGGCAGUGCAAGUUUCAAAGCUCAAGAAACAAUGAAAGCCCAGAACGUUCAGAAUCUGAAGGAAGAGCAGUACAUUAGAUAUUAUUCCACUUCUACUACCACUUCAUGAAGUAUUGGUCAAAACUUCUGUGCACAUAAGUGGAAGUUAAGUUAAAUAAUGGGAAGUUACAGGUUUAGUAGCUAUGUUUUGACCAUGAACUCGAUUUCAAGGCAAUAUUUCUGGAAACUGAAUUUAAUCCGGUGAUAUUGCCAAAGGGAAAUUGUUUCAUAAGCUUCCUGUGUGAAACAAAUCCCCUCACUUCCAUAUCUGUAAGUUUAAUAGCAGAUUAGGUAGCAUGUUGUUGAAAAGUGAUUACAGAUAAAAGGGAAAAAGACUCUGAAUACCUUUUUAACAAAUACAAAUAAUCCCAGUCAUUUGAUGAAUCAAUUCCUACAAAACAAGCUCAUUUGAAGGAAAGUAAAAAAGAAAAAACAUUAAUGUACAUGUGGUGUUUAUUUAAGUAAACAUUUUUAAGUUUCAGUUAUUCUCUGUUAUGCCUUACUCUUCGACCACUACCAUGACUCAAUUGAACUUUGAAACAGACUGGUACAGUAUGAUAACUUGCUCCUUUGUGUGCAACUAGUGUGUCCUUGGGUACUAAAUCCGCUCUUAGAGGCUUGGUACAGUAAGACGUUAUGAACUAGGUACCUGUAUUCACCUACUUCAGCUGAACUGCUUUGAGAAGGUUCAGACAGUUUAGGAGCGGUGAGAAUGGCCUGUUCCUUUCCAGAUACAGACUCAUGUGCUGAUGUCUUGAACAUUACAAGAAAAAGACUUGAGCCAUCUCUUGAGUUCUCAUAACCAAAUAGCAAUCUAACCCAAGCACUCCUUUUUAUAACAAUGCACAGCCAUAGUAUGUCUGAGGGAAUCUUUAACUGUAAUACUUUUUUGAAAUGUUAAUUUUCAUGUAUUUGUUUGUAUAAAUUAAUCUUAAUAUAUGAUUCAAGAAGCGACAGUUACCGGUGUGCAGUUACUGGUGUGACAGAUCUGCAGUCAGACUUGGAAGGGAGGCUGAGGGCUCUGCAAGUCUGACUUGGGUCAAGUUCAAAAGUAAUUGGAAGUAUUUUGCCGUGAUCCCUCCCUCUACCUAAACUAACAUUUCAGUUUUAUACAUUCUUUCUAUUUUGUCAUCAGCAUAUCAAAACACAGUUAAUUAAUAGAUUAUUUUAUGUACAUUAGAAGUCCUGUUACGGCAUUGUGUGGUAGGGAUGUCCAUCUGUCCUCAGCUGUAUGCCUACUUUGUCUGUAUUUUACUGCAUAUUAGUUAUUUAUUUGUGAUAUAAACCAGCUGGAACUGUGUUUCAAAUCUGUAAUUAAGAAAGAUGUUUGGUAAGAAUCCAUCACAGACAAUAUGGUGCAACUACAAUUUAAUGAAACAUCGCACAGUAUUCUGAAGUGUAAUCUGAACCACAACGUUUGACUUUUUGGCCAAUACCUAAAUAUACAUAUACGAUUUUUUCUAUUUUUUUUCUUAAAGGAACAUUUGAACAUGAUUAUUUUUAUAAUAAUUUUGAAUGGGAUUAAGUGAAGGAUGGGAUCUUCCUCUGUCUGUACACUUUGUAAGUGGUCGAGUACAGUGCUUUAUAGAUGGGAUAGUUGUCAUGGAAGUCACCUUCUUUCUACGCUAACAUUACAAGUCCUCCACCUGGUGUGUUUCUGUCUCUCUGUCGGUAGGAAUACACUACUAAUAUGGUAUUUCACAUGGUUUGAUAGCAGUUUCAGUACAGUUGGCUGUGAGUGUAGCAAUUGUGGUGGUUGUGACUGUGUAAACACUGUGAUGUACUUGGCUAAUAUCACCCCUUUGGAUGUUUCAGUAAAAGUUUGAAUCUGAUAAUCACAACUCCUUUACACAAACACACACACGGAUACACGCAAAUCUCCCAUCACGUUUCUAAUUUCUCUUGUAUGUAAACUGUUCAUGAACAAAUUAGUGUGACUGAAAUAGGAAGUGUUUCAUUCUGUGUCUCUGCUCAGGGAUUUCUAAAGCAGUGGGUUAUUGCAGAAUAUGGCUCACAGAGCACUCAGAGAGUUUACUAAAUUAAAGUUUUAUUUUUGGAAAGUUGUUGUAUUUGUAUAAAUGAUCACAAUUUGUUGCCUUUCCUUUUUGUAAUAUAAAAAAGAAACCAUGUGCCAGAAUAGACUUUCCCAAUGUUGCUUUUCCACAAUAAAAUGGUGUUCU